CCUCGGUCCAACGGGCAGACCUGACCCUAAAUGGAGGCCCUGGCUCCCGGAACUAAGCUGGGGAUCGAGCAGGGAGAGAGGAUGGCAUCGUGGAGCCCUGACGCCCCAUGUUCCUGUGACUGCUUUGUCUCGGUGCCCCCGGCCUCGGCCAUCCCAGCUGUCAUCUUUGCCAAGAACUCAGACCGGCCCCGGGAUGAGGUGCAGGAGGUGGUGUUUGUCCCGGCGGGCGCUCAUGCCCCUGGCAGCUGGCUCCAGUGCACCUACAUCGAGGUGGAGCAGGUGGCGAAGACCCAUGCUGUGAUCCUAAGCCGCCCUUCCUGGCUGUGGGGGGCGGAGAUGGGCGCCAACGAGCAUGGCGUCUGCAUUGGCAACGAGGCCGUGUGGACCAAGGAGCCAGUUGGGGAGGGGGAGGCCCUGCUGGGCAUGGAUCUACUCAGGCUGGCUUUAGAACGCAGCAGCUCAGCCCAGGAGGCUGUGCACGUGAUCACAGGCUUGCUGGAGCGCUAUGGGCAGGGGGGCAGCUGCCGGGAGGACCCCACGCCGUUCUGCUACCACAACACCUUCCUGCUGGCUGACAGAACCGAGGCCUGGGUGCUGGAGACGGCGGGGCGGCUGUGGGCCGCACAGAGGAUCCAGGAGGGCGCCCGCAACAUCUCCAACCAGCUGAGCAUCGGCACCGACAUCUCAGCCGAACACCCGGCGCUUCGGGCCCACGCCCAGGCCCAGGGCUGGUGGGAUGGCCGGGGCCCCUUCGACUUCGCUCAGGUCUUCUCGCUGACGCAGCAGCCGGUGCGCAUGGAGGCGGCCAAGGCCCGCUUCCGGGCCGGGCGGGAGCUGCUGCAGCAGCUGCAAGGGGGCAUCACGGCCGAGGCGAUGAUGGGCAUCCUCAGGGACCAGCAGACGGGCAUCUGCAUGGACUCCGGGGGCUUCCGCACCACGGCCAGCAUGGUGUCCGUCCUGCCCCGGGACCCCUCGCGGCCCUGCGUCCACUUCCUCACGGCCACGCCAGACCCUUCCAGGUGCGGCCCGGGCUGGGGACCGAGGCGGAGUGUGCGGGGCCGGGUUCGCGAGGGACGUGGCCGUCCUCCAUCCCUCCAUCUGCGCCCCCUCAGGUCAGUGUUCAAACCUUUCAUCUUCGGGGCGGGGGCGGCCCAGGCCCCCCAGGUGCUGUCCCCCACCUUUGGAGCACAGGACCCCGUCCGGACCGCGCCCCGCUUCCAGACUCGGGUGGAUCGCCAGCACGCUCUCUACCGAGGACACCAGGAGGCCCUGGGGCUGAUGGAGCGGGAGCAGGUGACCCCCAGGGAGCAGGGCCUUCUGGGGGGACCACUCAUGGCCCCCACGCCCGCUGGGUUCUGGGAAUAGGGGGGGCUUGGGAGUGGAGAGGCUCCAGGGGGGGGAGAGGGCUCUCUCCCUUCAGAGCCAGCUGCCCAGGGGCAUGUCGGGGCCUUUGUCCCUUCCUCCUGCUCCGUGAGACCAAAGACGACAUGUCCCCCUUCAUGGGGGGCAAAGCCUGCGCCGGGGACUCACCUCUGCCUCUCCCGGCAGGACCUGGGGCAGCAGCUGCGGCAGAAGCAGCGGGAUCUGGAGCAGGAAGGCCUGGAGGCUGUGAGGGGGCUGCUGGCCGGGGCCCCACCCCCCCAGGAGCUGGGUGGCCUCUUCCAGGCCUUUGUGGAGCGGGAGA